UUUUCAUCGUGACUUUUGUCUCUUUGGUGUUUUUUGUAUUUUCGGUAGUUUCAUGGUGUGUUUUCUGUCUUCUUCUGCGUCUCUUCAGCUCCGAUGAUGAAGGAGCGUCCGAGCUCGGCCAUCUACCCCUCAGACAGUCUUCGUCAGUCUCUGCUCGGGUCCAGACGGGUUCGCUCCGGCCUCUCUCUCGCCAAGAGCGUCUCCACCAAUAACAUCGCGGGUGCGAGUGAGGACGCUGUCGGUCUCAGGAGGAUUCUGUCUCAGUCCACCGAGUCCUUGAACUUCCGGAGCAGGACUUUGUCCAUGGAGUCUCUGACUGAUGACGGUCCGUGUUUUAAAAUCAGCUCUUUCUGAUCAUUGAAAGGUCCGGUGUGUCAGUGUGGUGAAGCCGUCAAAAAAAGUUUAAAAAAAAAGCAGCGUGCACCUUUGAGGCUAAUUUUUGAUGCCAUUUAGCCCAAAAAGACUUUUUCAACAUCGACUUCCUCCAUGAAAAAGACGUCUGAGUCAAUACAUUUUUUUGAGCGUCACCAGUAACAUUUCUUAACCCUUUAAACCCUGAAUCAACACAAGCAUUUAAACCUGCACUGAAAAAUUAGCAAAUUUGUUUCAAUUUAGUUUGAAAAAUGGAAAACAGGAAAUCAGCAAUUCAGCCUGAAAUGUCCCCGACUCACACUGUGACAGAGAUGUCUGUAAAUCAGGGGAUACAUUUGUUUAUCGUCACAUCCCCCGAAAAACGACUCAUGGACUUUUCUUUUUUAGCGGAGCUGUUUCAUCUAAACGUGUCCCUGAAUUAUUUUGUCCUCAGUCAGUGGUUCACGGGAUCCAGAUUUGUCCUUAGUCGUGACUUUAAGGUCCACAAAUAAAUGACCGAAUAUCAUAACAGCACAUCACAAUAAAAGCUCCGAGCAGGAGAUUCACAU